AUGGAGGACUCCGGCUCGGCCCUGGAGAAGAACGUGGCUGACCUGACGGUGAUGGACGUGUACGACAUCGCCGCGGUGGUGGGCCAGGAGUUCGAGCGGAUCAUAGACCAGUACGGCUGCGAGGCUCUGUCCCGGCUCAUGCCCAAAGUGGUGCGGGUCCUGGAGAUCCUGGAGGUGAUGGUGAGCCGGAAUAACAUCAGCCCGGAGACCGAGGAGCUGCGGCUGGAGCUGGACAAGCUGCGGCUGGAGCGGAUAGACCGGCUGGAGAAGGAGAAGAAGCACAGGAAGGUCUGUCUCUGUGAAAGCACAGGCCUGAUGGGUCCAAACCUGGUCCUGGAUUUACCUCUGCCAUUGAAUCUUACUAAUACAGAGUUAAACUGAUCUGACAGCUUAAGAAAAUUUACUAAUUUAAGGUUUAACCUACAAAAUGUAUUCAGUUUCCAACACUGAGCUUUGGAUUUAACCAUGCAACAGUUUGGAGUUGCAGAGAUGAGCUCUAGAUCCAGCCUCUGUUUCAUUAAAGCUCCAGUGCGAAGUUUUUAGCAGGUUGUUAAACAUGCUAAUAUUAAUACGAAUGCUUUGUUUUGGCUUAGAAAUGUAAAUAAGAGCACCAGCAUGAAGCUUCACUGUUUAUUUGGGGUAUUUUUUAUUACCUAAAGCGGGGUACACACAUAAAGAUAAUCAGGCUAUUUCUGUCCCGAUUUGCCCCCUCGCGACCAAGGAUGGCAAUCUGAAGAUUAUCUUGUGUCUUCUAUGAUGAUCCUUUAAGAUUAUCCAGUGGUCUGAGGUGUAUUAAGAGUGAAUUUGUACCGAUAAUUGGGUCCGAAAUGGGUCGGGGCCGACAAUCGUAAAUAUUAAACUUGUUCAAUAUUUACGACCAAAAAUCUUCACGUUUGUGGAGAAAGCCAAUGACUCCCAAGUCAUGACUCCGUGAGUUGUCACGUGAAACAGAAUGUAGCCAAUCAAGAAGCGAGCUGACUGAGGAACAAGGAAUUAAAUAAAGCCAAUAAAAAAAGCAUUUAUCUAAAGAUAUAAAGAUUUAUUUGUGUUACUAGGAUAAUCACACCAGCCAUUAGCUUGAUUUAAGAUCAACUCACCUCUAGCUUGCUCAGUAGACUAUAAAGGGUACGAUCAAAACUGUUCAGUGCCUGAUUUUUUUACCUUCAUGUGUGGGGUCUGUAACAGAUAAAAAAUCUCUUCAGAUGUAAAAAAUCCUUAUGUGUGUACCCCGUCCAAGACAGGUGGAGCAGGGUUGGUGUCAGAGAAAGAGAUUGAUAACAGAUGGGGAGCGAUUACAGGCUUUCUUUUUAACAUUUUUAACACCUUAAAAUGUUGAUUAAUGAUGCAUGGAGAAGGAAACAGGAUGACAUUUGUGGUAAAUUAUACUAUGAAUGCAUCGGCAAGACAAAAACAGGAAAGAAGGAAGGGGGCCUGGCUGUCAAAGAGCACCCUGUACAUGCAGGUCAUGUCUUCAGUGCUUAACCUUAGUUUGAUUCUGACCCAUGACUCUUUUCUCAGCCUGCCUACUCAAAUAAAGGCACAGUGAAUAGUAAAUGGGAGAUCUGGCAGUCAGAUUUCGGGUUUAAAUGCCCCCUUGCUCACUCCUUUCAUUGAGGUCAAGAAGCUCCUGUGAUGCAUGAGAAGUCUGUUUUUAUCAUUAGAAACAGUACAAAUUCAUUUCUGCACAACAAUAGCUGCUCUCUUUCACUCCUUUGUUUGUAUCUGGAGUUGCGUUCAAAUGCAUGCAGCCACUCACAAGAUAUAAAAAUGUGUAAAAGAAAAAAAGACUAGUUUGUCCUUUCUGUGCCACAGUAGAAAGAUGGUGGCCCCUGCAGAAGACGACCUGCUCCUAAAUAGAUAUCUCAGGCUCAUUCUAACUUCUCAAAGACAAAAGGAUUUUUAACCCCACUGUGUUUAUUUAAUUGUUUAAAUUUCUUUGAUUUCACCCCUAAAACAACUAACCACUGCCAUAAUGUGAUCAUAAAUCAUAACCCAUGUGUUUCAGUGAUGUUCCUGAUUACAGGCUCAUCUCUGCUCAUCUCUGCUGGGAUUAAUGCAGCGUUUUACAGCUUCUUUUAAUGCGUUUUGCUUGUAUUAAGUGAUCAAUUUUUGCUUGACUGCAGUUUUGAAAAUAUUAUUUUGAUGGACUUUAAGGCUCCAGAAUUUAACCUUUCUAAAAGAGAGACUCUUUAAGGGAUUCAAACUUUAAAUUUCAUUACAUUUUCCUCUGAAAUACUGCGAUUUUUAUCGGUAGACAUUUUAAUUUAAGUAGUCUAAUAUAGGACUGAUAUGACAAAGUAUCUUUACACUGCUGUAUCUUUGGUUCUACACAUUGAAGAGCUAAAUACUGGUUGCAUAUGUGCUUGGUUCUUUAUUUUAAUGAUAUAUGUCAUAUCAUCGGUGUGACUGAUAUAAUAUUCCUGUGGUUUUUCAUAAAUGUAGGUAUGUGACAUGCUUACAAAUUAGAAAAUGAAUAUUGAGAUAUAGACACAAGUAUGGUUGAACUUAAUUUUUAUAGUUUUAGAAAAUCAGACAUAUUAAAUAGUUGCAUUUGCAGAUUUGAAAUCAUAUAAUAUGCAAAUCUGUCUGUAUUAUUGGCCUUGAGUUUAUCCUUUCUUAUAUUUCAUUUCUUUUUUUACACUCUAAUGGCCAUGAUCCUCUCAUGCCUUCUGCCUUUUAAGUUGGUUAUGCAUGCAUCCUUUUAUACACAGGUUUUAGCAGAACCUUUCAAUCCUGAAUCAGCUGGUCAAUAAAUACAAUCAAGACCUUGAGCUGACUCCAUGCAGACCUGUGGUGUUGGAGAGUUAUCGCUUCAGAUUUGAGAGUUUUCCAUGUGAAACUGUUGGUCUGUAAUCUGACUGUGUGCUCCCAGUCAGAGCAGAAAAAUCCACUUUAUCACGCUCAUGAGACACAGUUAAUCAGUGUUGACCGCUGCUCAGUCAGCGUCACGAGAAACUCACACAUGAACUUUUUUAUAGCAGCAAGCAGACUGUGAGCUUUACAACCACAACAAUGAUCUCAGAGUUUCUGUGAGUUUAAAGUCAGUUUUUUUUAAGUCAGCCCGCAGUUAAUUAUUAUUUUACUUUUAUUACUGAGCAGACUGCAGGAGCUUUUUUUCUGUUAUCAACAUAUCAUACAAUUGUCACUUGGUAUGUGAAAUAAUCCUGUAAAACACCAAGUCUUCAAAAUAACACAAACAAAUGAGCCAGGGCAGCAAUAAGAGGUAACAUUGGUGUUUUUGUAAAUAAAAGUUUCAAAUUAAAGCCAAGAGUUAUUUCUGUGAUAUUUUCACACGUCAAUCAAUUGAACCAGAGAUGUGAUUUCUCCAAACCAAAAUGGAGUCCUGUAUUUUCCGACCCAAAGAGGUGACCCUUGAAUCCUACAUAACGACAUGUUUCGCAUAAAGAAUGUAAUACACUUAAAAGUAAUACGAAGAAAUUUUCAGAGGAGCUACAGGCUGAAAUGUGAUGAAACUUUAAAUUUUUAAUGUUAGUGUUGAGCUUGACUUUAGUGUAUUUAGCCGUGUUAGCCAUUUGUGUUUAUUAGUAAGUUGUAUUACACUUCAACGCACCAUCCUCCAUUAGCCGUUAGCUAACGGUACAGCUAGCGCCGUUAUGCUAAUACAGUGUAGUCUGGUUAGCGCUUAGUUUCCGCCCGUCUUCGUGACGACGAACAGUUUAACUAGUUUAAAAGUCACCCAAGGGAAGAUUUAUUCACUUCUAAUAAAUCAGUGCUCCUUAUCCAGGUAAUAAGGCAAAGUUUUUUCUUUGCUUGUUGUGAAGAUUUUAGCUCAACGGCUUUUGUUUCCAUGGUUACCGGAUGUGUCAAUCACUGGAAUUUUCUUGUAACUUCCAGUUUAUCAAAUUUAAAAUUACAUCGAAAAAGCUUUUUGACAGUUUGCGUUAUAGAAAUAACUCACAUCUUAAAUUUUGUUUAAAAAUUGUGUUUAAACGUGCUUUUAAAAAUAUCACAUUAUCUGAGCUAUGUGUAUUUAUUAUUGCUUAAGUGUCCGAUGACAGUCAUCCCUGAAAUAUGCUUGAUUAACAGUUAAUAUUCAGUCACUUUUAAGCUUUUAAUCUCAAUAAUGUCCAUCUGACUGCAGCCCAGAUUGUGUAAUCUUGUAUCCUUCCCAUAAUCUGAUGACUAAUCGGAAACAAUCACACACAUCUGACAAAUAUAACCUCAGAGUGUGUGAGAGAGGAGGGAUAUUUUCCUGCUGAGCCAGGGAAACAUUUCUUAUUGGUUGUCAGCAUGUGGGACAAAUAUAAACAGGAACUAUCGUCUAACGUUUCAAAGGAAAAAUACAACACUUAUAUCUGUUUUAAGUGUUUCAAGCCUUAUUUGCUUUAUCAUGUAGUCCCUGUAAGUAGACUUAAGUGAGACUUAUAUGAGGUGGUUUUUGGGGACUACAUGUUGAUCUACACUGAUGGUCUGAAAACUUGUUUAGUCUCUGUCUAACCUUCAAACCACAAACAUAACAACCAUCUCAAAACUCAGCUUCUCUAAAUUCGUGGCAUGGAUUUUGUUCCAACAAACAUGAUUUAGAAGAUUUGAUCAUUUUGAGUCUAAUAUGUAUUUUUCUGUGUGGUUGUAGGAGCUGGAGCUGGUGGAGGAUGUGUGGAGAGGAGAAGCUCAGGACCUCCUCUCUCAGAUCGCUCAGCUGCAGGAGGAGAACAAAAGCCUCCUUACCAACAUGUCCAACAAAGACCCCAUGAGUGAGGAGGAGCUGCAGAGACAUGAGGGUGAGGAUAGGGAACCCCUCACAGGACCUUUAAAGUCUCCACCUGCUGUCUGAGUUCUUGUUUCCGCGGGAAACUUUUACUGACAUUUGCUGCACCCCCCUGCUCCCUCCAUCUUUGUUAUGCACACACAGAAAUACAAAUACACACACACACCAGUGCACACAAAGGCAGCCUUCUCUAGUGUCUGACCGAGGGCCAGUCUUGUCCCUGCAUCAGAGGCUCUGUGGUAGUUUCACACAGAGGACACAGUCACCCUGACACACUGCACAGACCAGCCUCAGUGUGCCAGCACACCUGCUAGACACAAGCACGCACACACACACAUGCUGAAAGACAUGCACACACACUUAAGCAUGCAUCUGCACACAUACAUGCAUACACUCAUGCAUGCAGGGUUUCCUCUUUUCAAAUUGGACUUUUACCUUCCAAAAAAAUCCGAUUGUAAGAAAAACAAACAAUUUCCACCUAAAGUAAAUGUUCUUUUCUGUCUUUUGUGCAUUUUCUUCUUGCCUGUUUUCUUCCUCCAGGUAUGACGGAGCGAGAAAAGCAGGUGAUGAAGAAGCUGAAAGAAGUGGUGGACAAGCAGAGGGAUGAAAUUCGAGCUAAAGACAGGGAGCUGACGCUGAAGAAUGAGGACAUAGAAGCAGUAAGGAGAAAAACAGGAGAUAUAAACUCUGAUGUUCCCUACUUAAAGAUGCACAAGGAACAUUCCCCACAAAAUAAACAAGGAACAGAUAUUUAGACAUGACAAGAUGGACUCCACGACAAGCAGAAGUGUGACUGAAGACAUGAAUCACAGCUAUGAUUCAUGACUUAAUAUCCUGCUCUUCUGUUUUCUAUCUCUCUCUCUAAUUCCAUUAUUCACCCAUACUGUUUCUAUCUGUGUGUGUCUUCGCCUGUGCAACUGUGUCUCUGCAGCUCCAGCAGCAGCAGUCUCGCCUCAUGAAAAUCAACCAUGACCUGCGACAUAAGAUCUCGGUGGUGGAGGCUCAGGGGAAAGCGCUGAUCGAACAGAAGGUGGAGCUGGAGGCGGGAGCUCAGGCAAGGGGACAGGAGGUUAGCGCGCUUCGGCAAGAAAUUACACGCUUAAGGGAACGACUUCAAGGAGACCUGCCCGCCCAGGACCCAGAGGAACCCCCACCUCAGCCCCCUUCACCUGCAGAGGUAACAGUAAUGCAAAGCUUAGUUUGACAGAGUUAAAGGUGGGGUAGGCAAGUCUGGAAAAAGCAGGAAGAGUUGGUUAGAUAAAAGAUACUAAAACACCUUCCUCAAAUACUCACGAACGUUACAGGGUGACUCAUCAGAGGAGCAUCAUCACCAUGAACUAUAGACUGUAUAAAAAGAUGGAGGUCGUGGCAGUGAAGCCAAAACAUGUUGAGCUCCCUCUACUGGCUGGCUGCAGUAUAGGUUAUAAAGCCGGCCUCUGAUAUUAAAACUGAUGGAACAAACGGUCAAAUCAAAAGACACUAAUGAUAUUAGUGAGGUUUCCAAGUGUUGAUUUUUCUGAAAGGUUUAGUUCUGCAGCCUGGGUUCAGCUUGUAGAAGAGGUCUAAUCUCUCUUUGUCAGUCCAUCAUGAUAACUAGUAAUUUCCACAGAGGCCAAACAGCAAACAGGAACACAUCAUGAGUCGGAUUUUCUCUGUAAACAGAUAUUAAAGUGUUUUUUACUCCACCAGCGAGGUAACGCAGCCACAGAGCUGUUUGGAGCAGAGAGCUGGUUAGAAAGGCCUGACCCCUCUGAGCUGAUUGUGGGGGGGUUUGGCCUUCCCCCAAGACCCCUACCUGGCUCCCUCAGCCCAGAGGGACACGAGGAUGAGGAGGCUGAGGACGAGGCAGUGUUGCUCUGGGUAAUGCAGGAGUGCUAGUUAGAAAACCAGAGUGUGCUGUGAUCAUCCUGACUCUAACUCCAAAACCUGCACCCCCUUCUCUGUGAGGAAAAACCAGCUCAUUAGGCACAGAUGUGAACUAGCAGACUAACGUGUGUAUGGCCCAUGAGUGGUGCUGAAACAGCUCUGCAUGGGUGUUCAGGAACUAACAGACUCUGUAGGAUUUCACACCGGUCAGCCAAGUGGGUGAGACUUUGUGGACGACUGCACUGGUGACCUCUCUAAAAAUAGAUCCCUCCAGCCGCUCGGCCUCUAACAGCACUUGAAGUUGCCCUUCGUUGCACUCUGAUCCUAAAACCCUGACAGUAGAGAUGGUAGUUUGAAGUCCAUCUGAAAAGAAAGUGCAUGUCUGAUAAUCGCAGGUCCUCUUCCUCCGAGCAGAUUAAAUCAGAAACUGAAUGUGUGAGUUUUAAAAUUAAUGUGCAUCAGAUCCUCAAACACCUUUGGUUCUCCUUCUUCAGCUCCAGACUGAACGGUUUUACUUCAUAUUUCUCUGGAUGCAUCUGAGAUCAUUUUCUGUCCUCGUCCUUAUGUGGCAAACAAACAUAACAUGAGGUUCAUGUUAGGUUUGCUGGAUGGACCUGCAAGGUUGAACUGUACACUCCACCUCCCCCUUAAUCAACCAAGAAGGGACAGGUGAAGUAGACCCUUGUAAGAAGUCUGGUGGGGCUACCAGCCUAUCUAAUUGUGUGCUGUACCUUCCCUACAGCACCAUUUUCAUGAGGGAAGAGAGGAUAAACAAAAAAGUAGAGGAUGUUUGAGACAGGGUAAGAUGGCUAUUCAACCCAAAGUUUACUCUGCCGGUAAGGCUUUAUGCUCCACCUCCCCCUUUUCUGUAGGGAGGAAGGAUUGAAACAAAGACAAGAGGCUGUAGAGUGAAGAAUGAGAGACAGAGAGGGUUUUGCCGGGAUAAGAAGGCUUUUAAAGCUUGAGUUCAGUCUGCUGGGUUUGGCUGCAUGUUCUACCUCCUCUUACUCCACAUUGUCAUUAGGAAGAAAAGUAGAAAAACAGAAAAGGAAUCUUGCAGAAAGAUAACAUGUUAGAAAGAAGAGAAGUAAGGAAGAGUCAGGAGAGGAGGCUGUUAGAGCUGGAGCUAUCUCCUGUCAUGUUGGCUGUACUCUCUACCUUCUCCUACCUCCCUCUUUAUGAGGGACAUGAUGACAGAAUAGAGGGAAAACAAUGAGAAACAUUCAUAGAGAGAAGUAAUGUUAGAAAAAGGAGAAGGUAGGUUUGGUGGCACAUCUGGUUAGGCUGUACGCUCUGCCUCCCCCUGGUUGUCCUGUUUAUCAGGCUAAAUAGAGGAAAAACAGAGAAGAGUCCAUAGAAAGACGAUGUUAGAAAAAUGAAGGCAGGUUCAGGGUGAGAAUGCUGUUCAGGUUUGAGUUUACCUUGCUGGGUUUUGCUGUACCUUCUGCCUGACCCCCCUACCCCCAUUUUAAUUGGAUGAUAAACAGCAGGUCGAAUCCUGACUGUCUGACUGUUUUCUUGCUUUGUUUGUGGCCCCUGGAUGAAGCUCAGUCUGCCUCCUGCCAGUCCUAGAACAAGACAUGUGGUCCAUCUGUGAAACAAGAGGAAAAAAGCGCUAUAGUGAAGUCUUACGAGAUCAAAUAACUUUUAAAGAAACGACAUGAAGUCUGACCACACAAAGAGAUUAAUUGCAGUGAUUUCAGUUGGACUUUGUUUAUGGAAUAAAAACUGAUGAGAGCCACGGUGUGUUUUUUUUAUCUGCUCAGUGCAUGAGUGACUGCCGUCAGCUGCAUGUUUGUUGGUGUUUGUUUAACAGUGAACGUCUCUAAAGUGCUGAGUUUAGACAAAGAAACCGUACUGUAGCUCUAAGGGAGGGAGGGGGGCGAAUGUAUUGGAACAAAGCCUGAAGUCUGACUUAGAGUUCGACGUUUACCACCAGGAAGCGAUGUGCGAUGAGGACAUGCCUGCUGUGUUCCAAUAUUUCACCAAGGUACCCUCACCUCCUUCCCGCUUUCCGUCCUUCCUUCCUUUCUUCCUUUCCUCUGGACUUACUUCCUCAUAGUGAUGGGUUUGUCUCUCUGCAGGAGGCGUUGUGCGAGGAAGAGUCUGGGGGGCUCGACCCAAAGGACCCGAACCGACCCCGGUUCACCCUGCAGGAGCUGAGAGACGUCCUCCAUGAGAGGAAUGAGCUGAAGGCCAAAGUGUUCAUGCUGCAGGAGGAGCUGGCCUACUACAAAAGGUAACAGACAUUCAGAUUUAGGUGGACUUUGGAUGAAUGCAUGAAAUUAAUCCACACAGAAGGUCGGAAAAGUUCAUUUGAGUCAUGAUCAGCUGUUUUCAAUCAAUCAAUCAAUAUAUUGAUAUAUACAUAUAUAUAUAUAUUUGGCUGUGAUGGAUUUAAUUUUUUAUUGCAUGUUUAAACUCCAAUAUUUUACAUCUAAAAAAAUUUUAAAGUCCAUAUUAAUGUCACAAUUCAGGGUAUUUUUCAUUUUGCAAUCAGAAGCAGAUUUUCCACCUUUAUCUUUGAUUUUUCUCCAGUUGACAUUUUAAGACGGAGACAUAAAAAAGACAUUUAGACAAUAAACUUGUCAAAUAAAUGUUGACUUAGGGACGAAUCAUUGAAAGGGGAUUAUUGUUUCAUCAACUUCUUGGCAAUCAAACUUGCCCCCUGCUGGUCAUUGAACAGACUGCAGGUUUUAGUCUCUUCUUUAUCUGGACUCAGAGGUCACAUCCUCAGAUUUAAAUCACAUGCAGUCAGUGUCAGUCUAAAGUAGGGCUGCCAUUGUCGACAAAAAAAUGUUAUUGAAAAAAGCCGACCAUGAGUUCCAUUGUCGCCUGACGAGUUUUUUUUUUUUUCAAUGGAGUGAGGCAUCUUACUUCAUUAUGAUCUCCGCUGAGCGGUAGGGUAUUCAAAUAUGGCAGCACAGGCAUCCUGUACGUGAUAUUUUUGUAUGUAGGAUGGUAGGGAAAAGUCCCGCCUCCUUUGCUUCUGAUUGGCUAGAAAAGCUGUAAAUGUCAUCACACGCUCAAGCCAAAUGCGGGCUGUCGGCUCUGUGCAUCUCCUAACCCUAACCCUAACCCGACUGACAAUGACAUUUCACAGCCAUAAGGUAUAACCAAUCAGAGCCCAGCACUUCUAGCCAAUCAGAGGCGAAGGAGGGCGGGAACUUCCCCUACCAUGAAAAAAAAAUUUCACGUCCCGUACAGCAGUUAAGAACAUGCGCUCAAAAACCCCCAAAGUUUGGAAGCACUUUAGCCCUGAUAAGGCGAAAAUGUUCAAUUUAAAUCAGCUGGAAGGAGUUUUCAUUUUCUGUUGAUUUUGGCGGCCACUAUGGACAAAAGUGGUAGUGUUUUAGCGCGUAUACUCACGAAGACACUCAUCUGGCUCGCACGUCAGGGCUACAGAAACUAACUUUUUUUGUGAGCAGUGUGAGACAAACGUGGAGCAGCAGGACUUCAGAAGUUAGUGACACAGAGCUGUUCUGUCUGCCUAUCUCCAGUGUGGAGGAGAUUCUCACUCCAUGGCUGCAGCUGUAGCAUCACAAAGUGUCAGCAGGAGUCUCCUGCUGUAAGAUAUUGUCACCGUUUGUGUAGUGACUGUAAUAUAUGCAUUUUCAGUGCCAAAUAAACAGAAAAAAACGUAUGUGUCAUCUCUGGUCUGAGUUUCGUUCGUGGUCCCGACCCGACCACUGGCUCCCUGUUUUCCCCGUUUUUACUAUAUAGAAAAAGCUUAUCUUCACACAGAUGGGCUCAUUCGCUGUUGCAGGUGACAGGGAGACAUCAGCAGAAAUGAGAGAUUUUUUCAAAUCUAGUUAAAAGUUCCUUACAGGAAGUUUGAGAAAAAAAACAUCAUUACCUGAUUAGUCGACUACUAAAAUAGUUGUUAGUUGCAGCCUUAGUCUAAAGACAUGCUUUCUUUUGAUUACAGCCUGUCUGUUCCAGCAUUGUUGUUUCUGAUUAUUGUUGUUUGUAUUUCAGUGAGGAGGCUGAGGAUGACGGUGUCACUCCCUCUCCGUCUCCCUCUCCUGAUCUGAGGCCUCGCUCUCGGUCGUCUGCACAGCCAGAGUCUGGAAUCAAACGCCUGUAAGUUCACAAUAAAAUGCAUGCAAAAACACUCAGAUACAUCUCCUGAUGAAAACACUCCCACAGAUUUCCUUAAGUCGCUUUGAUUUCGGGGUUAAAACUCUCACAAACAGUCUGUUCUGCUUUGCAUGUGCCGAUUAUCUGCAUGUUUGAAUAAUGGAAGAAAUAACUAAUUAGAAAUGACUGAGUUAGCUGAUGAUGGUCCUGUUUGAUCAUUAAGAGGCAUCAGUACUCAUUUCAGUCUGUUCCAUCAUCUGCGAAAAACCUGCCCACAGGAGCUUUAAUAAACGUUUUUCUGGAUUGUUUUAAUGGUGAUUAAAGGUAAACAAAGAGCUAAAACCCAAGUUCUCUUUUAAGCAGGUUUCAAACAGCAGGUAUGAUGAAAUCAAACUUCAGAUAUCUCCGUGUUGAGGCCUGCGCACGCUGAGUUUGAUGUGAUUAUUCUUCCAUGCAGUGUGAACUUUAGCACUCCUGAAAAAAAAAACUGUGCAAACAUGAUAAAUGUGCCACAAUCUCACAGGAUAAAAAAAAAACAGACUCAGUGUGCAGAGGUCUUCAGGCUUGAUUGUUCUUGCAUGAAUGCAUGUCGUGCAGAGGUAGCAUCUUCACCAUCUUCCCCUCUGAUCGUCUCUAAGCAGUUUGCUGACAGUGAAGAGGAGCUGGUGUUGACAGCACAGAUUCCUCUUUGUCAUCUAUUAUUCACGAAACAUGCCUCUGUCCUCUCUGUUCAAAGUUAUUGAUCAGCAUGAUCAGAUCGAGCUCCUGAUUCACACACACACUCUCGUAUUUCUGAACCUGUUUUAUCUCUCUGUCUGCUCUGAACUCACCCACAGCAUGACUUCUUUAAAUAAAGUCAGAGGUCAAAGGUUGAUGUGGUCCCUGUCUCCCCCCCUCUGUCUGUCCCCCUCCUCCCCCCUCUCUUCCUGUUUGUGCCUGUGUGUCUUUUUACCUCUGUGUAACAGGAUCUUCACAGCCAUAAUGCCGAUGGUAGCGGCUGGUUUGAUCCCAGAUGACCCCACUUUACAGCCAAUCAGACGUCUCGUUUCUCUUGUAUGAUUCGUUAUUCGGUUGGCUUCAGUCUGUCACUUCUUUAGCUAACAGCCUCAUCCUCCUCUGCAUGUGCUGGGCUGCUGUUUACCUCCCCCCUCUGUAGUAUUCUGAUUGGCUGAUUGUGGGGCCGUCUGGUUAUUUCUGUGGAUCAUGAAAUAAUUCAGCCAGUCAGAAUAUGAACCUGUAGCCUGUUGUUGUCUUUUCUCUUCCCUCACUGACCACGUUAACACGUCCUCUGUGCUCGAAACUUACAAAAUAACCGUGUAACUGCUGAACUUUUACACAAUUCAAUCCAAAUUUAUCACCUGAGAUUACUUCAUUAGUUUAUAAAAUCUCCUCAAAUAUAAAAAUACAAAUGUCAGUAAUUAUGAACCAUAACUUGACUUUGGUUUGUUUAAAAGUUUUGUUUGUGAAAUCUCUUAAGACAUAAUUGAAUUUAUGACCAGUCAUACCACAUCCAAAGCUGCUCUUUUUGCUUGCUGAGUCAUGGCUUUGCAUCUAACCAACUCAUAUAUAUACAGGAGGAUUUGUUGGUUUUUUAACCUUGUAAGAAAUUAAAGUUUUUAAAGUGUGUUUUAAUUUUGUGUGAACAGGAUCUUGAAACACAGCAUUUUCUUGAUUGAACCAAACCAUGAUCUUGUCUGAUGGAGGUUUGUUUUGUGGUGAAAAUAUAUCAAGAUUAUUGUUUCUGCAGUAAUAUUUGUUUUUAUUCAUUUCUUUAAAUUUAAUUUUAACCUGUUUUUAAAGGGAUAUUCCUGUGUAAAAUUAAUUUCGGGUCAAACACAUCAUAACACCGAGUUAGACACCCCCUCAAGAGAUGAAUGUUGCAGACCACUUGCUUCUCUAGUUACACCAACUUUAGUAACGACCGCAGGAUAGCAAUACAGAGAGCCACACGCUAAACCAAAACGCCACUCUGUAGACACUAGUAAUGCUUAGAACAGCACCUAACUUCAUCAACAGUACAUAUAGGGUCCCAGACAUGGCACUAGCCACCAAACAUCCUUUUAACUUUGACUUAUUUCUUUAACAAAGAGACUAAACACAACUCACCUACUCUCUUCCAGCAGCCGCUUGUUUGUAGCGAGACCCCGGGCCAGUCCAUUAUGGACUACAGCGGGGUGACGCAGCUCAAGGAAGAACAUUUAUAAUCUUUUCUUUAUCAUUUCCAUGAAGUAAUAAUCACCAUAUGAAUCAUUUUGCACUGCAGACGCGGUAGUUCUUCUGCCUUAGCGUCUCGGUCUGAUUGCAUUUCCAUGAAGAAAUGAUCAUAAAUGUUCUUCCUUGAGCUGUGUCACCCCGCUGUAGUCCGUAACGGACUGGCCUGAAGUCUCACUACAAACAAGCGGCUGCUUGUUUGUAGGUGAGUUGUGUUUAGUCUCUUUGCUAAAGAAAUAUGGCAAAGUUAAGAUGUUUAGUAGCUAGUACUAUGGCUGGGACCCUAUAUGUACUGUUGUUGAAGUUAGGUGCUGUUUUGAGAAUUAUUUGUGGCUAUAGAGUGGCGUUUUGGUUGAGCGUGUGGCUCUCUGUAUUGCUAUUGAGCGGUUGUUACUAAAGUUGGUGUAACUAGAGAAGCAAGCGGUUGGCAACAUUUGUCUCUCGAGGGGGUGUCUAACUCAGUGUUACGGCGUGUUUGACCCUAACUUAAUUUUACGCUGGAAUAUCCCUUGAAGGGGUUUCAAUAUUUUGUGUGUGUCAUGAGCGCCCUCUGCUGGGAAGGAGGACUGUUCCCCAUGAUGCGCCAGAUGAAACAAUCCCCUUUUAUUGAUGUAAAAGGCUCCGGAGCCUCUUAUUGAUUUAUAUAAAUUUGAUAGGAUUAUCUAUUAGGGUUAGGGUUAGCUCUGGAGCUCCUGUGAUCCUCCUCAACAAACAAACAAACAAACAAAAAUUUAAAGAGUAGAUAUUCACUCUGAAAGUCGGGGUCUUCCUCACUUUUGAUUCCAUGUUGUAAUUUUAUUACUGAUUAAAAAUUUACAGUUUGUAUGUACGGAUGCUGCAGAAUGAGCCACUCUAACGCUGCUUUAAAAUGACUGAUACUUCCCGCGCAAACGGCAAACAUCUGACUGUAAAUAUCUGUCGCCUGACGCCUCACAGACUGGUCCUUUAAAGAUGUCCGCCUCUGUCUCCUCUGGUCUCAGGUUUAGUUUCUUCUCCCGGGACAAACAGCGGGGCUCACAGAGGAGCGGGGAGUUUGACGGCUCAUGGGCGGGGAAAGAGGAUGUGUACACCGAACAAGCACAGGAGGCGUUACAGCACAUGUAG